AUGAGAGGUAUAGCUUAUGAAGAAGAAGACCCAUUUCUCUUCCCUAACCAGCUCUCCCCACUUCACUUCAGUGGAUACUACCCUCCACUGAACUGGGAAUGGGACUGGGAAUUUCCUAUCCAUGAGAGUCUGUUUGAUCCCAUACCUUUAAUUGAGAAUCUUCCCACUUACCCUUUAAUGAAAACCUUACCCACUAAUGGAGAGGAUUUUCUCAUUGGAGGUGGUGAGGAUUUGAGGAAAGAGAUAGUUUUGUAUGGUAAUAGUAGUGACAGAGAAGGUGGUGAGGAUUUGAGGAAAGAUAAGAGGAAGAGAUCAGACAGAGAACAGAAGACCAAUGGCUCUAGUGAGUUAACCAGGGAAGCCAUUUCCAGUUAUUUCUAUAUGCCAAUCACACAAGCUACAAAGGAGCUUAAUGUUGGCUUGACCCUCUUCAAGAAGAGGUGUAGGGAAUUGGGUAUCAAUAGGUGGCCUCAUCGGAAGUUGAUGAGCCUCCAAACCCUAAUAAAGAACAUCCAGGAACUAAGAGAGGAAGGAGAAGAGAGCGAAGCACAUCUAAGGCAAGCAGUGGAGUUAUUAGAGCAAGAGAGGAAGCUAAUGGAGGAGAUGCCGGACUUAAAGCUUGAGGAGAAGACUAAGAAGCUAAGACAAGCAUCCACAGCAAUUGUCAUCUAUCAUCUUAAAUGA